AUUUGAAACAUUUCUGAAAGUUUAGUGAACAUCUGACGGGUAUUGUCAUAUACUUCGAUCGAAAUCUUCUGACUCAUCACAUGAAUGAUUGCAAAUGUUUCUCAUGAAUUGCAUUUCAAUCAUUUAUCUGAUUCUAGUUAAUUGAUAAACCUUUAUUGUAAUUUUUGUUUACUUAAAUAUGAACUCAGUUGAACACAUUUGAACAAAUUUCAUUUUACAAAUCAUUUCGUUUAGCAUAAAUUGUAAAAAUGUAUUUGCUUAAAUUAUUGACUUUACUCUUAACUUGUAUUUUGCUUUCAGUAACUGUUAAUUGUGACACAAAUGGUUCGAAUUAUACCGCUACAAUUGAACAAUUGAUUGAAUCUCGUGGUUUCAAUUAUGAGAAACAUUACAUUGAAACAAAAGAUGGUUACAUUUUGGGUGUUUAUCGUUUAAUUAACCCAUUUGUUGAUCAAUCAAGUCGCUCAACAUUGAAGCCAAUUGUGCUUCAACAUGGUUUUCUCGGAGUUGGAUCAGACUUUUUAAUCAAUGCUCCUGGCGGUAAUGCGGUUCCGUGUAAUAAUUCAGCUGAUAAUUACUUUUUGAGUAAACUAAACUCAACUGAAAACAACAAUUUGGGCUUCUUAUUAGCUAACCUUUGCUAUGAUGCUUGGAUAUCAAAUUCAAGAGGAAAUGGUUAUUCACGUAACCACACAACAUUGAAUCCAGACAAAGAUUCUGAGUUUUGGAAAUUCACAAUUGAUGAAUUGAUUGCUUACGAUACUCCGGCAGUCAUUGAUUAUGUCUUGAAUCAAACUGGAUUCUCAAGCUUAGGUUGGAUUGGACAUUCACAAGGAUCAAUGGUUAUGUUUGGUCUUCUUAGUGAGAAACCUGAGUAUUCAGCUAAAGUUGAACCUUUCAUUGCAUUGGCCCCGGUUUUUUAUGUUCAACAUCUCGAUAGCUCAUUAAAAUAUCUAGUGAAAGUGCCUGGUUUAUUAUGGGCUGCACGUUAUCUUGAAGGUGAACUAUCCAAGCCUAAAUUGUUAGCGGCAAUAUCUUACAACUGUGUUACAUGGAUUGGUGAAAAAUGUGAAUCUUUGCUUAACUCAUUUUUGGGUCUCAGUUUGGCAAACCUAAAUUCAUACAGUGAUAACAUCGCAACCAGCACUAGUACAUCCCUUUGGAAUCUAGUACAUUUCGGUCAGAAUAUAAAAUCUGGUAAAUUUCAUAAAUUUGACUUUGGUAAAGCGGAAAAUGAAAGACGUUAUGGACAGUCAAUCCCACCGGUCUAUCAAUUGAGCAAAAUUAACUCAACUUCAAUUGCGCUUUUUUACUCUAAAAGUGAUAUUUUCACUGAUCCAGAAGAUGUUUCACAGCUCAUUAAAGACAUUCAAGUUCCAUUGAUUCGAGAUUAUUGUAUAGAUUCACCAUCAUGGGAUCAUUAUGACUAUCUGUUUGCAAAAGAUUCUUAUAAAUACAUCAAUUCGAUAAUUACUGAAAUUUUAUCAACUUUUUCAAAUUAAAAAAAUAAAAAACUUCUCGAGCUUCAAGUACAAGAACUGUAGCUAUAAAUGGAAACCUUUAUGAAUAUCAUUCUGAAUAAACCAUCUAAUGUGACUUCUUUUGAAAAUUCAAUCAGAAUUUUGUUGAAUUUUGUCAUCUUCUAGAAUACCUUCUCCAAGUAAUUUUAUAAACUAGAUUCUAGGAUCUCUUGAAAUAGUUUUAAUCUAUCAAUGUUCAAAUUUGAGUUCAGAGCAGAAAAUGAAUUUAUGAACAAAAUUGCAUUCAACUUGCAGUGGCACUCUGCAAUUCAAUUGCACCUGAAUUUGUGUUCUAGGAAAAACUCGAGAUUAAUGAAAAACUUUGGAUUUACUGUAAAUCAUCACAUUUGAUUGGUGUAUCAUGAAAUCUGAGUUAUUUGAAACAUUUAUUAUCUUCAAUUUUUUAUUCGAAAAUUGUCUCCAGAAAGUGCAAUUUUUUUCGAUUGAACAACGUUUGGAAUCGAGAACUUUCUUUCAGCAUUUAUCAAUUGCAUGAGUUUCAAGCAAACUAGCAAACAAGCAAGCUUGUCAAUGGUAAAGGACCUUCAUUGCAACCAUCAUCUAAUCGAGUUAUAUUUUUUUCAAAAGGACGAAACAACCUACAGAAAUGCCGAUCAAUGCCAAAUUGAAUUUCAGGAUUCAUCACACUUUAGCUGCUAAUAAAAAUGUCAAGUCUUUUGAAGUUUCGAGUUGUUCUUACAGCAGGCUAACCUAAAACUCAUUAGCUUUUAUUUGAUGGCAAAAUUACAAAACAAAAGAGCUUGUGAACCUGAUUCCGAGUUUCAUCUAUCAUUAGAUAAUUUUUACCAUUUUGAUCAACCUAGUUAGAUUAGAUCCAUAUUUAAUGUUUUGCUGUUAUUUAACGAUUGGAGGUUCAUAAGCUGUACAAGUCUGUUUCCAUCACAUGUUAAGAGAUCAAAGUGUAUCAUUUGCUAAAUUGAAUCAUUGGAUAUUAAAUGAUUUUAGAUUAGCUUUUGGCUAUUAUUUGAAAAAUAUCAUCGGUGCACCAUGAGGUUGAGUAAAAAUAUUAACUUGUUCGCUAGCAAUUGAUUGUAAAUAAUGAAAUUAA